UCCAACACUCCGCCCCUCGGCGCUCUCAAAUCUUUGCAUAAAUAUUGUAAGCUUUAAGCUGAGGACUCACAGCACAAAGUCACGAAGAGUAUUGUACUGAGAAAUACGUCUUUUUUAUUCCUUUAAUAAGUUCAUCCAGAAUUCGCUGGCAACCUCUGCGAUUUUGCUAACUUAUAUGUGGCAGUGUUAUGUUAAGGGCACCAGAUGCUCUGUGCUCUUCGCUACUUUUCUGUUGAAGUGAGGCGCAUCUUUUGCUGCUUCAGGCUUUUGUGUGUAUUCAGAUCCCUGGACUAAGAACAGAGCAUUUGCUUUUCAUUGUGUUUUAUUUAUUACUAUUAUCGUUAACCGAAAUAUCACAACGUUGUACCUGGCUACAACAACACGCCGAAACAUUUACGGAUUUGUAUGCAAUCAUCUAUCUGGGGUUGUUCAGGACCAGUUGUCAACUCAUCACAAAGACAGCGGGAUUUUAAAAACUGUACACGACUGCUUCAGCCGAAACGAUGAGCAAACCUGCAGGAUCAACAAGUCGUAUUUUGGACAUUCCGUGUAAAGUGUGUGGUGACAGGAGCUCAGGAAAGCACUACGGUGUUUAUGCUUGCGACGGCUGUUCUGGGUUUUUUAAACGAAGUAUUAGAAGAAAUCGGACCUAUGUCUGCAAAUCUGGUAAUCAGGGAGGCUGCCCUGUGGAUAAGACUCACAGAAAUCAAUGCAGAGCCUGCCGAUUGAAAAAGUGUCUGGAAGCUAACAUGAACAAAGACGCUGUGCAACAUGAAAGGGGUCCCAGGACGUCAACUAUACGAAAGCAAGUGGCACUGUACUUCAGAGGACACAAGGAGGUCAGUGGCGCGACGUCUCACUUUUCAUCCAACGCUAUACCUGGCCAAGCUUUCUUCACGGCAGUCACCCAGAUAGAACCACACAACCUGGAGCUUGCUACUGUUUCCAGCACCCCAGAACGGCAGACCAUCGUAGGACUGGCACAACCCACCCCUAAGUAUCCACAUGAAGUGAGCGCCGCACCAAUGUAUCUGUAUGAAGUAGCCACGGAAUCAGUGUGCGAGUCAGCGGCAAGACUAUUGUUCAUGAGCAUCAAAUGGGCAAAAAGUGUACCAGCAUUUUCUACUCUGCCUUUACAAGAUCAAUUAAUUCUUUUGGAAGAGGCCUGGAGAGAGCUGUUUGUUCUCGGAAUUGCACAGUGGGCUAUCCCGAUUGAUUCCAACACUCUACUGGCGGUUUCUGGCAUGAGCACAGAGAACACGGACUCUCAGAGAUUAAACAAAAUUAUUACAGAAAUCCAAGCCCUGCAAGAGGUAGUUGGCAGAUUCAGACAACUUCGACUGGACGCCACAGAAUUCGCUUGCCUCAAGUGUAUUGUCACGUUCAAAGCUG